AUGAGCGGGCGAGCUGCCGGCCGCGCCGCGCUCCGCGCCACCCCGCCCGGGCGGCCGAGGCCGUCGCGGCUCAUUCGGAGAAUGGCCGCGGCCACGGCGUGCGGCUCGCCGCCGAGCCGGCCGCCCCGCGAGCAGCCGCCGCCGCGGAAGCGCGGCGACUCCCGGCGGCGCCAGGCCGCCCUCUUCUUCCUCAACAACAUCUCCCUGGACGGGCGCCCGCCCUGCCCGGCCGCCGAGAAGCCGCCGCCCCCCGCGGGCCCGGGCGAGGGGGAGGAGGCGGCGGCGGAGCCGGCCGGAGCCCUCCCGCGCCUCCUGCCGCCGCCGCCGCCCUGCCAGCCGCCGCGGGCCCCCCACGCGCCGCCGCCGGCGCUGCUGCUGCCCGGCGCCGCGGGCACCAAGGGCGACGCGGAGCCGCCCCGCGGCGGCAUCUUCCUGCCCCAGCUGCUGCUGGGCGGCCAGCUCUGCCCGCCGCCGCCGGCGCCGCCCGCCCCGCCGGGGCUGCCGGGGCUGCUGAGCCCCACGCCGAGCGCCGCGGGCGGCGGCUUCGCGCUGGAGGUGCAGCGGCAGAGAAGGCGUUUUAUCUCCCAGCGCUGCUCUCUAGACUUUUUAGAAGACAUAGUGGAAUAUGCCAGUGUACGAAGAACCAAGCACAUCUCUGGGUCUCCAAGACACAAAAGUUUGAAGAAGAUGCACUUCAUCAAGAACAUGAGGCAGUAUGACACGAAGAACAGCAGGAUAGUAUUAAUCUGUGCUAAACGAACACUGUGUGUGGCUUUUUCUAUCCUACCUUACGGAGAAAGUUUACGGAUCAGUGCACUCUUAUCUGCAUUUAGCGAUCUAAAAAUGGAAGGACAGAAGCAACGACAUCCUUCUGGGGGAGUCUCAGUCUCCACUGAGAUGGUGCUUGGAAUGGAAGGAGUAGAGCUAGGAGCUGAUGGCAAGGUUGUGUCCUAUGCAAAAUUCUUGUAUCCAACCAAUGCUCUAGUUGUCCGCAAAACUGACAGCCAUAGUGUUAUUCCUCCAUGUCGAGCUAGUGCUUCACGGAGUCUUCCUGGAUCAAGGUAUAAACCUGUGACAGCAAAAACAAUACCAGCAGGAUCUGAGCUAGGAAAUGAAGCUGGGGAAGCAGCAGAGUAUGAUCCAAAUCUUCUGGAUGAUCCUCAGUGGCCCUGUGGAAAACACAAGCGUGUUCUUAUCUUUGCCUCUUACAUGACAACAGUCAUAGAAUAUGUGAAACCCUCGGACCUGAAAAAGGACAUGAAUGAAACCUUCCGAGAGAAGUUUCCUCACAUCAAGCUGACAUUGAGCAAAAUUAGGAGCUUAAAAAGAGAGAUGCGGAAUCUGAGUGAAGAGUGCAGUCUGGAGCCGGUUACUGUGUCCAUGGCUUAUGUUUACUUUGAGAAGCUUGUUCUCCAAGGCAAGCUCAACAAACAGAACCGCAAACUGUGUGCUGGUGCUUGUGUUCUGCUUGCGGCCAAGAUCAGUAGUGACCUCAGGAAACAUGAAGUCAAACACCUUAUAGAUAAACUAGAAGAGAGAUUCAGAUUCAACAGAAGAGAUCUCAUUGGUUUUGAAUUCACCGUGCUCGUAGCUUUGGAACUGGCUCUCUAUCUUCCUGAAAACCAAGUUUUACCUCAUUACAGACGGCUCACGCAGCAGUCUUAACCAAAGCUACAUUCCAGCUGAUAGCCAGUGGCUCUGGGAAUAGCAUCACUGAACACCGCUGCUGAACUUGCCCCUGGCCCUUCUGUGCCACAGUGCACAUCCUGUCAUGGCUACAGCUAGUUUUGAAGUCUGCAGCGUUUUUUAAACUGUCAAGGUGUGCAUUAUGGAUAUGUAUGCCGAGUCUGAGAGAUGGUACAGAAAGAGUUGUUGAACUUUAUUUUCUUUUGGACAUUUAAAGCACAAAUAUUCACCAGUUGGCUGUCACAGCUGCUGCUUAUUCCUUGUUUAUCUUUUCUGUUUUACUAAAAACUGUUCUUCCCUAUGAAGAAUUCUAUGGUAUUGUGGGUUUUUUGGUUUUGUUUUGUUUGUUUCUUUAAGGCCUUUAUUUGCAUCCUUGAAACUAAAGGAAGCAUCACUUCCAUUCCAGUGCAUCAUAAAGUUCAGAUCUUUCUAAGAAUCUUCUCACACUUCGACAUUAAUGAAAUGCAUACUUUAUUUUUUUAAAGAUGUGCCUAAAACUUGCUGGUCUGGAACCAGUACUUUUUAAGUUAGUUAUGUUGUUUAGUGGAGAUUCCUGAAUUUAUAUAGCCAUUUAUUCUUUACCUGCAUUGGCCUUGCAUAUAGGGAAAACAAUUCCAAUAUAUCUGCUCUAAUGAUACAUAGGGCAUCUAUACUAUACUAUAGAUCUGUAAGUAGCAAGACUGAAAUUACUGUUUCAAAUUAGUUAACUAACCUUAAGAAUAUACAUUUUAUUUAAAAAAGAAAGAUUGUUUGAAAAAUCUGUCAUGAAAUAUCACAUGUUGAACAAGGUAGGUGCAGCAAAGUGAUUGCCAUCCUAAUUCACUCUUCAGUGGAGAACAAGCAACUUGCUGUCAACGUAUCAUUUAUGAUUUUGAUUUGUUUCAGUGUUCUGUAGUCUGUACUAAGCACCUUUUUAGUAUGACUGUCAUAUAUGAUCUUGUAUGCUUUGAACACAAAUAUUUAAGUCAGUAGAGUUAUUGCUGCCAAACUAAGCCAGUGAAACAAAGCAUGCACAAUACCUAAAAUGCCACCUUUUUUUUAACUCCGUUCUUCCAAGCAUUGUGUCACUGUGAUGAUCCUCAUGAAACUGGCAUUUGUUGCACAUCUGAACAGCCACUUAACGGCUGAUGUCCAGCAGCGCUUUCGUGCUUAUGCAGAGGUUAAAUAACUUUGACCAUUGACUAUUCCUUCAUGUAUUUUUAAAAUAUCCAGACUGAGGAUUAAUUCACAUAUAAGUGGAACCUUUUGUGAUAUUGGUUCUUGGUUUUAUUUUCCUAAGCAAUAUUAUGAUACAAGUAACUGUGUCCAUUUGCAAGGAACAAAACUGAUGCUUGGCUAUUAUGGUAAGAAAUCUGUAAUUUAAGUUUGACUCCUGAAUGAAAUACUAGACCUCUUACUGAGGUAAGGAUACCUGCUGUCAAAUAUGUAAAGUAAUGUAAAUUCCAGUUCCUUGUAUUCAAUGUUUGUUGUAGAGAAAAACAAAGCUGAAACUGUUCUUCAGCUGUGUUUUGCCUGAAGCUAAUUUGGCUUCAUUAGAAUUGCAGCAAACUUUAUUGGAGCCUCUUCCUCUUUAAGAGGGGCUCAAAAUGUAUUUUUCGUAUAACUACAGUGACUAUCAAACCUUUUGUAACUGUGUUCCACUCUGUGUAUGUAACUUAAGGUAUUCGUGUAAAGUUUAAUAUGCUUGUAACUUCUCUUUAACACAAAAGGACUUUCCAGUCUUCUAAAAUGAGAUGAUAGCUAACCAGAUAGACAAUAAGCUUGCCAGUUAUCUUCCAAAAGGUUUACGAAAUGUUUACUAGUUAAACUUUCUACUGAACGUAACUGUUAUUGCAUGCAAGAAAUACCUAAGUAUUAAACAUCUAGCAUAUACCUAAGUCUUCAAAUUAGCAAGCAGUGGUGAACUCAAGUCUAGUGGUCCACAGCUUACUAAACUGAUUGUGGAGGGGAGAGAGGAAAAAUUGAGUGUAGAAAUUUCUCAACAAUAUCUCCAGGAAUAGUAAAAUACUUCAGUUAGUAUGAGUGUAGUCAGAGAAUGUAAUUCUCCAGGAACUUUUAUUCCUGUUUAGUAUAUAAAGAGUUUUCUCUAACAGUUAACUUACCCUUCUCACAGACUAGAAAAAAAUAUGCUUUGAUUUUUUUUUUGAAUUCUUAGAGGUCUCUAUUCAGUGGAAGUUUGCCUAGUUACAGUGGGCAUUUGGGCUGGAGUUAACAGUCGCAGAACGGAAGCUAUGGCUUCACAUCAUAAAACGGCAAGGCUUUUUCUUUUUCAGAAGAACAAAUUAGGGUAAAGAAUAUUACAUUACAAAAUGCUGAAUAUUGUUUUAAAGAGAACUAAACAUUUGUCCGGCACAUGCGGAGUUCUUCAGCUCAAGAGCUGUACAGAGUACAGGCCAAAAAUGACAACCCAAAGUGAUCGUCGUGCUUGUUUCUGGAAUAAACAGAAGGCAGUUCUCGAGUGACACUGCAGAGCGUUAGUUUUGGACUGAUGCCAGCCAGACACUUAGUCUGCAACUUUUAAAUUGGUACCUCUUUCGUCAUCUGUGCAGAAACAGUCAUUCUGCAGAGAUACAGUAACUUAUGUGUGUAUGUGUUUUCAAUUUCUUGAGUGUAGCUUGCAGUCCUGUUCAUUUAAGCCUGUGUGCUAAUAUUUAUCUCGCUACCUAAAAGCUGCCACCAUGUGGCAAAGAAGUAUUACUACAUUAUUGAUUAAUAACCUAAAAAUGGGACCCAAAAUAAGGUAUCUGCCAGCUUUACGUUUUCACAGUCCAACUCCUCAUGCUUUGAAGAGAAAUGUUGGUUUACGAUGAGGGGUGGUUCAACUCUGUGUACCGUGUAAAUAUGAUGCUGCUUUGACUCAGCACGGAGAACUAACUCUCUUGGUAAGAGGCUGUACAUUUUUCUGUAAACAAUGCUGUUACGGUUGUGUCCUCGUCCAUUAAUUUAAAAGUGUAGCCUGUUACAUACUUUUCACCUGAAUGAACUUGUGAAAUUUAAGAUGCUGUGAAAUAAAAACUGUUUUGAUA